AUGGACGUGGUCCCCUGCUUUGUGGCCCCUGGCCCGGCAGAGCCAAUCCGACCUAUUGCUCUCCGCGCGCCCAAUGCUGCAAAGGGGAAGGGCUUCGGAGCAACCGCGCAGGAGCCCUCCUCUUCCGGGCUCCUGCGCCUGGCCGCGGCGCUCGUGGCUGGAGGAGCCGUGCAGCGCGCCGCCUACGGCAAGGGCAUGGGCAGAGGCGGCGGGAAGGGCUACGGCCGUGACUUCGGCGGCGGCCGCGACUUCGGGGGUGGCCGCGACUUCGGCGGCGGUCGCGACUUCGGUGGCGGCCGCGACUUCGGUGGAGGAGGCCGCAGCGACAUCCAGCGCAUGACAGAGGCCAAGCGCACGCGCGAGGCCCAGCAGUUCUUCCAGUACCAGAAGUCGCUCAUGCGCCGAGGCGAGAUACCCAGGGAUGAGCGGUACUGGCAGCACGAGGAAGGAAGGCUUUUCAAGGCUGCGCACGUCUCCGCGGGCAUCGACUUCCAGAAGUACGACAGUAUCGACGUCGAAACCAAGGGUGGCUCGGGUCAAGAGAGCGCCAUCGCGACCUUCCAGGAGGCCUGCGAGAGGUAUGGCCUGCCAGACGCUCUGACUGCCAACGUCGACCGCUGCCACUACAGCAUCCCCACGCCGGUGCAGAAGCACAGCAUCCCAGCCGUGCUGGAGGGAAGCGAUGUUCUGGUCACCGCGCAGACAGGGAGCGGGAAGACAGCGGCCUUCCUUGUCCCAAUCAUCACCGCCGCGCUCAACGCUGGGCGGAAACCCAUCAAGGAGGGCGCCGUGUGCCCCACCAGCGUGGUGUUGUCGCCCACCCGCGAGCUUUGCCAGCAGAUCACCGUAGAAGCCGAGAGGCUUACCUUCCGCUCGGGCGCGCGCGUCUGCGCCAUCUAUGGAGGGGCCGAUGCCAUCCCACAGCUGCGGACCAUCGCGGGAGGUGUGGAGAUCGUCGUGUGCACCCCCGGGCGCUUGGAGGAUUUUCUCCAGCGCGGGGUGAUCUCCAUGGAGGAAGUCAAGUUCUUGGCCCUGGAUGAGGCCGACCGCAUGCUGGACAUGGGCUUCGAGCCCCAGAUCCGGGAGAUCAUCGAGAACCAUGGGAUGCCCGGAGCAGGUCGGGGUCGCCAGACCAUGAUGUUCUCGGCCACCUUCCCGCGAGAGAUCCAGGAGUUGGCUAUGGACUUCCUCGACCCGAAUUACUACUCUAUCUCCGUAGGCCGGGUCGGAGCCACCGCCGCAAACGUCGAGCAGCGCUUCGAGAACGUCGGCUGGGGCGACAAGUUCGAGCAACUUAUGGAGUCCUUGACGGAGGUGAAGUCGGCAGAUGGAGGGCCCGCCAAGACUAUCGUCUUCGCCAACUCGAAGAGAGAGGUGGACGACAUAUGCUAUCGCUUGCAGGACGAGCGCAUCCGCUGCACCAGCAUGCACGGAGGCGUCAACCAGUCCCAGCGCGAUCGCUCGCUCAACGCCCUGCGCACUGGCCGCGCCCAUGUCCUGGUCGCCACCGACGUCGCAGCCCGGGGUCUGGACCUGCCGGGCAUCGACCACGUGAUCAACUACGACCUGCCAAUGAACGGUGACGACUACGUCCAUCGAGUCGGCAGAACCGGCCGAAUCGGCAACAAGGGCAUUGCCACCUCCUUCGUGGGCUCCAAAGAGCCCGCGCUCAAGGACAUCGUCCGAUCCUUGCAGGAUGCCAAGAAGGCCACCCUGACCAAGACUGACAAAGAAGAGGGUCACAAAGCACACGAAAGACAAAGCAGGCAGACGGCAUCCUCCAACAAAUGCCGCUUCGCAGAGUAG